AUCAACCGGAGGAGGAGCGAAGAUCUUAAAGCCCAUUUCUUCCUUCAAAUCUCUCAGAUCUCCCCCGCGGCAAAAAAAAGAAAAAAAAAAAUCCUCUCUCCGAUGGCGACCCCCGAUCUCCUCUUCAACCUCCGUAACAACUUCUACCUCGGCGCGUACCAGGCCGCCAUCAACAACAGCGACGUCCCCAACCUCUCCCACGACGACGCCAUCGAGCGGGAUUCCCUCGUCUACAGAUCCUACAUCGCCCUCGGAUCUCAUCAGCUGGUGAUCAGCGAGAUCGAUUCGAACGCCCCGACGGCGUUGCAGGCGGUGAAGUUGCUCGCGGUAUAUCUUUCCGGCGAUAAGGAAGGUGCAAAAUCAAGUCUACAAGAAUGGCUGAGUGAUGCUGCAAUAGCGAACAAUCCUUUUCUCCGGCUGAUUGCAGGGAUAAUAUACAUGCAUGAGCAGGACUACAAUGAGGCUCUUAAGCAUACUAAUGCUGGAGGAACAAUGGACUUGCUUGCACUGAAUGUUCAGAUAUACAUAAAGAUGCACAGGUCAGAUUAUGCAGAGAAACAGCUAAAGUUGAUGCAACAAAUUGAUGAAGACCACACAUUGACCCAACUUGCAAAUGCAUGGCUAAAUCUGGCAGUAGGUGGUUCUAAGAUUCAGGAAGCAUAUCUUAUUUUCCAAGAUUUUUCUGAGAAGUAUCAGAUGACUGGGAUGGUUCUUAAUGGAAAGGCUGUCUGCUGUAUGCACAUGGGGCAUUUUGAUGAAGCUGAAUCUUUGUUGCUUGAAGCACUGAACAAGGAUGCAAAGGAUGCGGAAACUCUGGCCAACUUAGUUGUGUGCAGUCUUCAUGUAGGCAAACCUCCAGCAAGAUACCUUACCCAGCUGAGGCUGUUACAUCCUGAGCAUUUGCUAGUGAAACGCGCUUCUGCUGCUGAAGAAAACUUUGACAGAGCUCUUCAGUCUGUUGCUUGAGGUUCCAAAUACUUUCAGAUCUGUCAUCUUGUUGUUCCAUUUUCUGAUGAAAUCUAUGUUUUUGGUUGAGCAAAAGUAGGCUUGUUUGGAUUUUAUAGGUUGAAGUUUAUGGAUAUGUUCUCAGUUAAAUCUUACGAAGACAGCCCCUAAUUCUGUAUUUUGGGGAAACAGUUUCACUUUCUUAUACUUUGCUUCUAUAAACCUGCGUCUAAUUCUCUAUAAAAUCUUAUAGCUUCUGUGGUGGCUGCCAGAAA